AUGACCGAAGAAGGUUUUUUCAAAGGAGAUUCUGAUAACUUGCCUAUGGUGGAUAUGUUUAUGGUUGCGGAUAUUAUCAAAAAUUCUGAAAACUUUCCCCUAGGCGAAAUUCGUGGUGUCACAGCAGAUAAAAAGCCAGUUUUUGAAGCCCUGCCAAAUCCUGAUGGUAUAAAAAGUAAUCUGGGCCUUUUCCAAUUAAUGGAUAGUUAUGUAUUCUGUACGAAUCUUAAAGAGAAAAAUUGUGCAGAAUUUGUUGAAUAUUGUCCUUCAACAAUGGACUCGGAGUUGUGUUCUGAAGCUGUCGCUGAAGCAGUGGUACAAUUAGUAUCAAGUUUAUGGUUCGAAGUUAGAUACACGCGAAUCACAGCAUCAAAACUUUAUAAAGGAGCCCAUUGCAAAAAAAGCGAUAGAGUAUUCGUGAGCCAAGUUCUGGGAGUUUCAAUAUUUAAACACGCAGCUGCCAUGACAAGAGUGAUAAAAUUGGAAAAAAAGGUGAAAGAAGUAAUGGAAAAAGAAAUUUAA